CAGUUUGUGUGUAAAAGCGGUGAAAAUUAAUUUCUAGUUCAAAAUGGAUUGUGAUAGGGAUGCACCAAGAAUUAGUGAAUUCUUUCGUGAUCGUGAAGUGUUUAUAACUGGUGGAACUGGAAGUGUGGGAAAAGCCCUAAUUGAGAAAAUUUUAUUUUCUUGUCCAGACGUGAAAAAGAUCUACUUGCUAAUGCGUCCAAAGAAAAAAUUGGAUAUUCAUGAACGCUUGGCAAAAUUCUCCUCUGGAAUAAUAUUCAAUAGAGUUCGUGCAAAAGAUUGCACUCUAUUGAAGAAACUUGUACCAAUCAAUGGUGAUUCUAAAGAAAUUGGCUUGGGAUUGCGAAAUGAGGACAAGAAGUUGAUGGAAAACGUAUCUGUAAUUUUUCAUGGAGCUGCAAGUGUUCGCUUUGAUGAUCCUCUCAAAGAUGCAAUCUUACUCAAUACUCGAGGAACUUGGGAAGUGAUAAAAUUCGCUGAGACUCUUAAGAAAUUGUGUGUGUUUGUUCAUAUUUCGACAACAUAUUGCUAUCCUUAUUUGUUGAACAUUGAAGAAAAACUUUACCCAAUGUCGGCUAAUUGGCGAGAAUCGAUAAGAAUUGCUGAAAAUGUUGAUAGAGAAACAUUGGAUAUCAUUGGUCCUCUCUACAUGAAAUCAUAUCCAAAUUCUUAUUGUUUUUCUAAAGGAUUAUCUGAGCAAAUAUUCAACGAGUACAAGGAUAAACUUCCAGUGGUGAUAUUUCGACCAUCUAUAGUUACUCCGUCUCUGAGGGAACCUUAUCCAGGAUGGUUAGAUUUCAUCAAUGGCCCAAUCGCUUUUACUCUUCCUGGAUCCUUGGGUAUAAAUCAUGUGGGUUUGUUUAAACUGGAAACACAAUGCGACUAUAUUCCGUUGGAUAUCGUUGUAAAGUCGCUGAUAGUCACAGCCUAUGUCCAUGGUCUUAACUAUGAAAGACACAACCAACUACCAGAACUUGAGAUUUACAACUGCGCCGCUGGAGCAAAGAAAAGAAUGAGCAUUCGGUCACUUUUGGAACAUUCAAUGGAAGUUGUGAAUUACUUCCCAGUUGAUCAGGCAGUUUGGUCAGCUAGAACAUUAACCACAGAAUCAUUAUUCUUAUUCAAAUUCAUCGGUAUUUUCGUACAAUUUCUACCUGGGUUGAUCUUCGAUCAAAUAGGAAAGAUCUUCAAAGUUAAACAAAAACUUCUUCCAAUUCUCCGAACUAUUUGCUAUACAACGUGCAAAUUGCAAUUUUUCAUGUUUAAUACCUGGAACUUUGAUAAUACAAAUUUUUUCACAUUGAUGAAACAUAUAAAAGAUGCAGACCGUGAUGACUUCUACUACGACUACUAUUCGGAAUAUUCAUCGAAGAAGUAUAUAUAUUUAUGUGGUGCUGGCUCCAGAAGAUUCUUACUAAAGCAAAGCGAUGAGACUUUGGACUACGCCAGAAGGAAACACAUUGUUAUUAAGAUUGCAGAUAAAAUUGUUGUUAGUUUGUUUUAUUUUUUGAUUUAUUACUUCUUCAUUCAUGCUUAUAUGAAAAAGUUUUAUUUGUAUUGGACUGAAUGAAUUAUAUAUUUAGUAAA